AUCAGCUGUGUCCAAUCACAGCUGAUCACAUAGCACUGAUGAUCAGUGUGCCCUGAUGAUCAGUGAAGCCCCAGCAGUGCCACCUGUCAGUGUCCAUCAGUGCCAGUUGUCAGUGCUCAUCAGUGCCACGUGCCAGUACCCAUCAGUGCCACAUCAAUGCCACAUAUCUAUGCCUACCAGUGCACAUCAAUGCCAAGUAUCAGUGCCAAUCUGAGCUGCCUUUCAGUGCCAGUCCGUGUCACCUAUCAAUGCCAAUCAGUGCCACCUAUCAG